AUGGCUGUGAAACGAAUUGGUAAUGAGGCGAUGCUGCAUUAUCCCAAAAGAAUUUUAUUUAUAGGUGAAUGUGCGGAGUUAGCACUAUCAUUCAGUGGAUGCGGUUUCCUGGGAACAUAUCAUUUCGGUGUCUUGUCUUGCUUUAAUCGGAAUGGAAAGCCGAUCCUACGGAAGACGAAACGUUGCGCAGGUGCCUCAUCAGGCUCACUUGUGGCAGCGUUGCUUGUUUUAUCACCUGGAAAAGCGAAGGAAGGAUUGAAUAUGGUGUAUGCACUGGCAAAAGAAUUAAGCUCAUUGAAAUUUGGUGCGAUCACGCCAGGAUUCUCGUUGAAUGAAAGGCUGACGAAAAUUGUUGAUGAACACAUCCCUGACGACAUUAGUCCAGCACAAGGAAAGUUGUUCAUUUCUUUAACGCAUCAAAAGAAACACAAUAAUUUGAUAGUGUCAAAAUUUAAAUCUCGUGAAUAUCUCAUCAAGUGUCUGUCGGCGAGUUGCUUUAUUCCAAUGUAUUCGAUGGGCUUUAAUGCGUUUGCUAAUCCACCUGUUAUUGAUAAUGAACCGUACAUUGAUGGUGGAUAUUCGAAUAACUUGCCAGAGUUUGACGACAUUCCAACGGUUACAAUAUCACCGUUCAGUGGGAAUGCGUCGAUAGCACCGCUCGACAAUAAUCCCUUGAGAUCACUGUUUGAGUGGCGUAUGACCCUUGGCAAUCAACAGAUGAAUGUGAAUUUGCAAAAUAUAGUCCGUGGUGCCCAAGCAUUAUUUCCGCCAUCAAUUGAUGUAUUAACAAGUUACUUCCGAAUGGGUUAUCGAGACGCAUUUAAAUUUCUCAUCGAAAAUAAUCUUUUAGAGCGAGAAGAAGGAACUGCCGUUUAA